AUGAACCGGUUGGUUGCUCUGGCCAACUACCCUCCCGUGGACCUACCUACAAACACAUUUGCGACGGCCACCGAUUAUGUUAUGGCCUUGGCCAGAUCACACAUGGCUCACCUUCGAACGCAACACAACGACGCAGUUGAAAAUGAGGCAGACUGCCGAAAGAAAUACGUCGCGCGCUGCUUAUUCCUCAAGAUUGCAAAGAGCUUUCCGAAUGUUCACGACAGAGGUCCAUUCAGAUUGAUCUGCGAUGACCUCCGUCCUUCGAACGUCAUCAUCGACGAAAAACUGAACCUCCGUUGUGUCAUCGACUGGGAAUUUACCUAUGCUGCUCCUGCCGAUUUCACAUGCUGUUCGCCAUGGUGGCUCCUCUUGUAUCUCCCGCUACACGCGGCCUUUUUGCAGGCCUUGAAAGAGACGGAAGACAAAGAGAGUCGGUGUGGUGCCCUCUCGGAAUCUCAGCGUUUGUCGGGAGAAAUGGCGCGGUUCCUGCAAAAUGGAACGUUUUGGUUCUGUCUAGCAGCCACUUCGAGCUUUGCCUUUGAUGACAUUUACUGGCGUUUCAUCGAUUCGGGAUUUUAUGGGGAAUUCACUUGCCUUGAGGAGCGUAUCGGGUUAUUGACCGCCGAGGAACAGGUGUCUCUGGAGGAAUUUGUCCGUCUCAAAGUACAAUAG